AUGGAGAACUUUGCACCUAGCAGUAAACUCCCAACAAAGCUGGGCACACGUGUUACACCCCAUGUAGUUGGAAGUUUCAAGUUUCCAGAUCGUAGUAUGGAGGCACUUCAACAAUUUCGUCAACUUGGACUCGAAUCGCUGACACUAGAAGAAAAGAAAGCAAAAAUCGUGGCAUUUUGCACAAAGUACCAUAGCGUCCAAAUUCCAUUGGAUAUUGGUAGACAUGGUUAUCUACGCCUCUUUUCAGCCAGACACUCGCAUUAUCUCGAUGAAUGGGUGCUGGAAGAGUAUAACGAGACACUGGUGUUGUAUGUUGGCUCUUAA